UACAGAAAUGAAAAAUUCUACACAUGUUGCGAUGAGCCGUACUUGGAUAUCACGUUUAACAUAACCAUGAGGAGAAAAACAUUGUUUUACACCGUUAACAUAAUUAUUCCUUGUAUGGGAAUUUCAUUUCUAACGGUCUUGACUUUCUACUUACCUUCGGACAGCGGCGAAAAGGUCACUUUAUCUAUCUCUAUACUUAUCAGCUUGCAUGUGUUUUUUCUCCUAGUAGUUGAAAUUAUACCUCCUACUUCGCUUGUUGUACCACUUUUAGGAAAAUAUCUGAUAUUUGCAAUGAUAUUAGUGUCAAUUAGUAUUUGUGUAACUGUCGUCGUUCUGAAUGUACACUUUCGUUCUCCACAAACUCACCGAAUGGCUCCCUGGGUGAAAAGUGUUUUCGUCAACUUACUUCCACAGUUUUUAUUUAUAAAGAGACCAAAAUACAACAUUGAAACAAGGUGAUACGUCAACCGUUAGGUGAACAAAACUAUAAUAUUCUGUAGCAACUGCUUCCAAAAGUAUAAAGAGGACAAUACAAAGGUUAUUACAUCAAAUAAUUUCAAGUAGUGUGGAAUGAAGACCGUCAUGUAACAUACCUUCAGA